AUGACUGCCCAUGCGCGCCAGGAUGACGAGGAGAGAUCUCUUCUGCAACGGUCAGAGCAGCCGGUAGCUAGGACACCUUUGCCCUGGGAUCAAUUUUGGAUCAUACUGUUCUUGCAACUUGCAAAGCCUUUUGCUUCUCAGACCCUCGCGCCGUUCACUCCCCAGCUUAUCAGAGACAUCGGAGUGACUCACGGAGACGAAUCCCAGGUUGGUCACUAUGUCGGCAUCCUGCAUUCAUCAUACCAUGCAGCUCAUGCCUUGACUAUUUUCCAUUGGAGUCAACUGUCUGAUCAUAUUGGGCGGAAGCCUAUAAUACUGAUAGCUCUAUUCGCGAUUUCAGUUUCGAUGUUCUCGUUUGGGCUGUCCAAAGCCUUCCUCGGUCUGGUGGUCAGUCGUGCUAUCUGCGGAGCAUUUAAUGGGAGCAGCGGUGUCAUCAAGAGCAUGGUAAUGGACAUCACUGACACAACCAAUAUGCCGAAAGCAUACGGUUAUAUGCCACUUCCGUUGAUGAUCGGAAACAUGAUUGGACCACUCGUUGGGGGAUUGCUUUUCCGACCAGCAGACAGAUUCCCUGAAAUCUUUGGGCGAUCGGAACUCCUGAAAACCUACCCAUAUCUUUUGCCGUGCUCUCUUCCGGCGAUAUUUGCGUCAGUAGCUUGGCUAGUCACGUAUUUACGUCUCAAAGAGCUUGGUAUCGAGAGCGUUUCUGCCAGGGCAUCACUUUGGGAGCUGAUCAAAGGGUGGUUCUUGCGACAGUUAUAUGCAAAGUCUUACACACCAUCGACCAAUGCUCUGGUCAGUUCUGGGGCCGUAAACUCUGAAGACGUCCCCUCAAAGCCGCUUCCACUGCGCGCCUUGCUAACCCCGAAAGUUUUGAUCUUCUACCUGUUUUCUAUGCGACGCCGAUUGAACUCGGCUGGUCUUUCCCUUGACCCUCCCCGCAUUGGCACUAUACUUGCGGCAUCAGCUGUCGCCCAUGGCACAUUCCAGAUACUUCUCUACGCUCGCCUACAUGAUCGCUUCGGCGCAAGACCCAUUCAUAUCUCCGGCGUUGGCUCCUGUAUACCUAUCAUCCUAUUAUUUCCAGUGAUCAAUGCGCUGGCUCGAGCCCAUGGCCUGAGUUUGGCGGUGUGGUUGUGUGUUGGCCUUCAACACGCCCUGAUGACUAGCCUGAUGAUGUGCUAUCCCUCCUUGGCUUUGUUUAUUAGAGCAGCUGCUCCCAAUCGUGCUUCGCUUGGCGCAACUAAUGGAAUCAUCCAUAUGGUUGCAGCAGGAGCAAGGAUCAUUGGCCCAGCAUCUGCAGCCUCGGUCUUCUCUUAUUCGAUACAGAAAGGUCGUGAUGCGUGGAUGGCAUACUACUUCCUGAUGGCAAUUGCAUUUCUCGCUUAUGACCGUGAGCGACCUGCGUGUUAUCUGUUUCCAGCCAUGUUCACUAUUUUAUCAACGCAUUUUCCGCGUAUAGCGCAAUAA